AUGAGCAGUAUAGGCACAGGUUAUGAUCUAUCAGUCACCACUUUCUCUCCCGAUGGGCGAGUUUUCCAGGUCGAGUACGCUGCCAAAGCCGUCGACAACAGCGGAACUGUUAUUGGUAUAAAAUGCAAGGAUGGGGUUGUUAUGGGUGUGGAGAAACUCAUAGCAUCAAAGAUGAUGCUACCUGGUUCCAAUCGCAGAAUUCACUCUGUUCAUCGUCAUGCUGGCAUGGCUGUUGCUGGACUAGCGGCAGAUGGGCGACAAAUAGUUGCGCGAGCGAAGGCUGAAGCAACAAAUUAUGAAAGUACCUAUGGUGAACCUAUUCCUGUAAAGGAACUGACUGAACGUGUAGCAAGUUAUGUGCAUCUAUGCACACUUUAUUGGUGGCUCAGACCCUUUGGAUGUGGAGUUAUUCUUGGAGGGUAUGACAGAGAUGGACCACAAUUAUACAUGAUUGAACCCUCCGUAGCUACAACUUCAGUCUUUCCUCAUCUGCUUUGUGCAUUGGCAUGUACAAUGACUUAUGUUCCUGACUGUUUUCAGCUGCCUAGGUACUUUGGUGCUGCAAUUGGAAAGGGCAAGCAGGCUGCUAAAACAGAAAUUGAAAAGUUGAAGCUUUCCGAAAUGACCUGUAGGGAAGGUGUUAUUGAAAUAGCCAAGAUAAAAAGAAAUAGGAAAUCCCUAGCAGCUUAUGCUAAUUAUGCACACUUUGAAUCCAAGAAAGAAGAAGUGAGUUUUGAGGAUUUGAGAUCAAUGGGCUUAUCUUUAUCCUAG